AUGCGGAAGGUGUUUGUGGGAUCGCUGCCUGCAGACAUCACCCAGGAGCAGCUCCGCCAGGAGUUCGAGGCCUAUGGCCAUGUCGAGGAGAUCUUCAUCAAGGAGAAAUGCCCUCCAGGCAAGCAAUGGGCCUUUGUGACCUUCGGCUCAGUGCAGGAGGCGCUCAACGCCAAGGAGGCCUGCGACCGCACGCUCACCUUCCCGGGCGCUUUGCGCCCCUGCGAUGUGAUGCUGGCAAAGAACCAAGGCGGUGGUCCCGGUGAGGCUCCUCAACCCUUGGCGCCCUAUUCCACUCCCAUUGCACAGGUGGCUGCAACCGCUCCCAAGAAGAUCUUCGUUGGCUCCCUGCCGGAUGGCAUCCAGGAGGAACCUGUGCGAUCCAUGUUCUCCAGGUUUGGCUACAUCGAGGAGCUGUUCAUCAAGCAGGGCUGCGAGUCAGGGCGACAAUGGGCCUUUGUCACCUUCUCCAGCCCUCAGGAGGCGGCACGCGCGCAGGAGGCCACCAACGGGAACCUCAUGUUCGAGGGUUCCACUCGACCCUGUGAGGUGAAUCUGGCGAGGAACCAGGGCCUCUUCGGCACCGGCGGGAUGCAGCAGCAAGCGAUGCAAGCGAUGCAAGCGGACACGGGGCCCAAGAAGAUUUUCGUGGGCACCCUGCCAGAGGGCAUCGAUGAGAACAUCCUGAUGGACGAGUUUUGCAAGUACGGGGAGGUGGUGGACGUGUUUCUGAAGCCCAACUGCGAGCCGGGAAGGCAGUGGGGCUUCAUUACCUUUGCGAGCUCGGACCAAGCACGAGAUGCCAAGGCCAGCUGCGAUCGGAUCCUGAUGCUACCAGGCGCAGAGCGGCCCUGCGAGGUGACCAUCGCCAAGCACCAGGGUCUCUUCGGCCAGGACGACGGGGCAGGCCGGCCGGCCAAGGAAGUGGCCGGGAACCGGAUGAGGCCUACGCAGGCGCCGGAGCGCUCCUUCCACAGCGUCAUCGGCGCGGGCGCGCCCAUCGGCGGCGGCCCCGCCCGGACUCGAGGUGCUGGAGGCGCUGGAGGCUUCGAGGCACCUGGAGGAGCGUGCAAGAUCUUUGUGGGCUCUUUGCCUGAUGGCUGUUCGGAGCAGUUGCUGAGAAGCGAGUUCUCGAGAUAUGGCCGCGUCACCGACAUCUACGUGAAGCAGAACUGUGAUCCAGGUCGGCAGUGGGCCUUUGUCACCUUCACCUCAGCGGCGGAGGCGCUGCAGGCGAAGGAGGCCACGGACCGCGCGCUGCUGCUGCCGGGGGCGCAGAGGGCCUGCGAGGUGAUGCUGGCCAAGAACCAGGGCAUGUUCGGCCAGGCGCCUCUGGCGCACGGCGGGGCCGGCGGGGCGCUGGCGCCGGCGAUGCCGGGCCAGCCCCCGCCGCCCAAGACGCCGCCCCCGGCGCACCUCACGCCCUGGAGGACAUACAAGACGCAGUCCGGGCUGCCCUACUACCACAACUCGCAGACGGGACAGACAGUUUGGGAGUGCCCCACGGAGUUCGAACCGCCACCGGGAGCUGUUGCUGGAAGAGGCGGAUCCCGAUACAACCCGUAUUGA